UUCAUAGGUAUAUCGUGGACGGUUUAUGACGGAAGGACGAACUGUGCGGGAUUAGAGAGCGGGAUAGUUUUUACUAUACUAUGUGCUAUCAUAAUUAAUCUUAGCAUACUUACUUUGAUAACCCAAUUAAGCUAGGGUUUCAUGAUUGCUAACUUAUGGUUUCUCUUAUCAUUGUUCAAGGUACAAGAAAAUCGAACGGUACGUUAUCUCUUCCUUCGUAUUUUGAUGACCACAUGGUUUUACAAAAGGCCCCGGCUUACGCCAGUAUAUGGGGAUAUUCUACCAUUGGUGAUGACGUCAUAGUUGUUUCACUCCUGGAUACGGGUGCAAGAGUUGUCCAGUUUUCAGCAACAGUGGUUUAUAUUGGACCGGAAAAUAAAGCGGUGUGGAAAGUCUUCCUAGAACCUGUCAAAGCCGGUGGUCCUUACAGUGUUGUAGUUGAAAGCGAUCAUGGUUCUGCUCUUACAAUCAACGAUGUUCUGUUUGGGGAUGUGUGGGUCUGUUCAGGCCAAAGUAACAUGCAAUUUACUCUUCCUAUGGCUUACAACGGAUCUAAAGAAGUAGCUGAAGCAGCAGCAUAUCCAGAUAUACGAUUGUUUACUGCAUCUUUGAAAACAGCAGAUACUCCACAAUAUGAUUUCAUCAGUGUCGAGGAGACCUGGUCUGUAGCUUCACCAAGUAGUGUAGGCAAUGGUAACUGGACAUAUUUCUCUGCUGUCUGUUAUUUAUAUGGUAAAGAUCUGUACCAGAAACUCAAAUAUCCUAUUGGUCUGGUUGCUUCUGAUUGGGGAGGUACUGCUAUUGAAGUUUGGUCAUCACCCGAUGCCUUGAAAAAAUGCCAGAUAAAAGAUAACUCUACAACUAAGUCAGAUUUAAAUGUUGCACCCACAGCUCAUUCAGUUUUAUGGAAUGCGAUGAUUCACCCAUUUUUAAACUAUACAAUAUAUGGGACUAUUUGGUAUCAAGGAGAGUUGAACUCGGGCAACCCCCUGGGUUAUAACUGUAGUUUUCCUGCUAUGAUUGAUGAUUGGAGAUUGAAGUUCAGUGAAAGCAACCCCCAGACCUCAAGUUCAUUCCCGUUUGGAUUCGUUCAGUUAGCACCUAGACUAAACGACUCUUCAAUUACAACGGGAUAUCCAGAUAUUCGAUGGUCCCAAACAGCUGGCUAUGGCACAGUACCGAACCCUAGAAUGAAAGACGUCUUUAUGGCACUUGCUAUGGAUCUUCCAGAUUUUACUUCACCUUUCCAAAGUGUUCAUCCACGAGAUAAAGAGACAGUGGCAAGUCGAUUAACUUUAUCGGGACUUGCGGUUGCUUAUGGAAAGGUCGAAAAAUUUCAAGGACCUUAUCCAUCGGAUGUAAAAUUUUCGCAAGGGAACAAACAGUUGACCAUUACUUAUGAUAUGGGUUUGACAAACAUUGAAGUAAGAUCGGCUAAGGGAUUUGAGUUUUGUUGUAGUUCGUCCCAAGAUAAAACUGUCUGUGAUCAACCAUCUCUUAAUUCGUGGUUUCCUGUUACAACAUUGGCCAGUACACCAACAACCCUAAUACUAGAUGUACCUGCAUCUUGCACUAACCAACACAUUCUUUUGAUUAGAUAUGCUUGGAGAGAAUCUCCUUGUCCGUAUAAACAAUGUGCUGUUUAUAGUGUGGUCAAUGAACUCCCUGGGCCCCCCUUUAAAAUAUCUCUUAUUGUAUAAUGUCAAUAAACUUAUCGGCUGUAAUGUGUUUGUGUGG